AUGACUAACAUCUUGUUCAUUCCCAUACUUUUAUACCUAUGCCUAGUCGGGGUCAUCGCCGGUGAAGAUGCCACCCAUGUCCCACGAGAUGUCUUCGACUCACUCGAAGAACUAUCCCGAUUAGUGGAUAUCUCGUACUGUGUAGGCACCACAGGGGUCCGGCAACCAUUCCAAUGUCUCAGUCGAUGCGAUGACUUCCCCGACUUUGAGCUCAUAACCACCUGGAACACGGGAAUCCUCCUAUCUGACUCAUGCGGAUAUAUCGCACUCUCACAUAGUACCAAGCGAAUCAUCAUUGCAUUCCGGGGUACCUAUUCCAUAACCAACACGAUAAUCGACCUCUCUGCCUACCCGCAAGCAUACACCCCCUACAAAGGCGAGCCCGAAACCCCAGGCCCAAAAUGCGCAAACUGCACCGUCCACGCCGGUUUCAUGAACUCAUGGCUGAACACCCGCACCACAAUCCUCCCGCACAUCUCAGCGGCUUUACAGCAAUACCCAGACUACGAAGUAACGCUCGUCGGACAUUCUCUCGGAGGUGCAGUCGCAGCAUUAGCGGGUCUUGAAAUGCGCCUGAAGGGCUGGGACCCGCUGGUCACAACAUUUGGGGAACCGAUGAUUGGGAAUGGGGACUUUGUCCGAUUCUUCGACGAGCAAUUCGGGUUCGGUGAUGCAGUUGGCAUUCCUCCUAUGAAGGGUCGCCGACUUAGACGCGUUACUCAUAUCGAGGACCCGGUGCCUUUGCUCCCGCUUCGGGAAUGGGGGUAUCGAGCUCAUGCGGGGGAAAUCUUUAUUUCUCGAUCGGAGCUUCCGCCCACGAUAGAAGAUGUACAUGCGUGCGUUGGCGAUGAUGAUCCGAGAUGUAUUACUGGUGUCGGUGGUCCUGCUUCUAUACUUGGACUUUAUCGAUAUCGGCAUUCUCCGUCGGCUUCUCGCAGUGAAUGCGACCAUGCCAACUCUUUAUCUGCUGAAGAGCAGCUUGUCAUGCGUAAACAUGGCGAUGAAGAUAUAAUCGGAUGCGAGGUGCAGGGUGAAGACGGCUUAUCUGCCUCCCGGUGGGAUUGGUCUCUUAUCCCCGCAAGAUAUCGACUCUGGGAGCUGUUUUACGCUCAUCGAGAUUACUUUUGGCGAAUUGGUCUCUGUGUGCCUGGAGGUGACCCAACUGGGUAG